AGCCAUGGGCAGCGGAGCCUAUAACAGGAGUGAAGCAACAUUAGGAGAUGAUGGAGUGUCCCCAGUCACUCUCUCCUCAGACUGGAGCAGAGUUGUAAGACUUUUGUUGAUAGCAAGCCUUGCAGUUAUUGGCAGCCUAGGAAAUGUAUAUAUGAUCAGUGCUGUUAUGAUAGAGGACCAUCUAAAAAAAAGAGGUAAUACAUAUGUGGUGAAUGUUGCCCUAGCAGACUUACUAAUAACUGGUAUCCUUAUGCCAGCUUCUGCAGUGGUCAUCCUCGCAGGACUAGAAGCACCUGUCCAAGUAUGCUCAGUCCAGUGGUUUCUAGCUAUUUUGUCUUGGUUGGUCACGGUCCUCAGUUUGGCUGCUAUAGCUGCAGAAAAUUAUGCACGUCUAUGUCUGCCUCCAGAGAAGUAUGCUAAAUUAACAACAACAAGGAUUACAAUAUCGGUUCUUUUAAUAUGGUUUGUCAGUGCUGUUGCUGUUACAAUCCAGCAUAUAUAUGAUUUAGGACCUGAUUAUUGUACUAGACGAAGUGAGGGUAUACUACCAUACCAAGCUGCAGUUGCUGCAUUCUUUGUAGCUAUGCCCGCUCUUCUCACAACAUUAUGUUAUGCAAAAACUAUUAUACAAGUAAGACUUGCACGAGCUCAUCCUAGUUUCAAACCUCCAAUAGCUUUCUCUUGGGACUAUUCACUUAUGAAGACAAACAUGUAUAGUUUUUUUCUUUUUUUCCUUUUCUGGAUGCCAUUUGGAAUUUUGUUGUUUAUUGGUUCAAUUAAAAAUAUAUCCGCCCGACUUUUCUACAACCUUGCUUGGUUUGCCUUAAGCAAGUCUUGUGUCAAUAAUUUCCUUUAUUGCAUUGCUGAUCGCCAUUUUCGUAAUGCCUAUAUCAAUCUCUUCCAUUACUGCUGUUGUAAAACUACUGUUACAUUCUCAAGACGGACACGUGGUGAAGGAGCUCGUCCCUCAGGAGAUGUUCGUGUCCAUAUCAUACCUGGUUAUAAUAUGUAUUCCUAUACUAGUCCUCAGAGAAGCCGUGAGUCUGGACAAACAUCCAAAAGGUCAAUAGCCACUUUUAGACCUCAGAGUAGGGAUGUGUAUGAGCUUUAAUUGCUCGUUAUAAAUUGUUAUACAUAUUAAUAUUUAAUCUUAAAUGUGUAAUAAUAAAUGGAUGUUUAAUUGUGAUUAUAUACAUAUGUGUAUUAGGUACUGUGCAUUUGUAUAUUUUGUGAGUGUAUACAAAUAUAUACAUAUAUAAAUAAAAAGUUUACUAUGAACUGACAAUACUAGGAGUUUUUAAGGAAAAUAUUUGGUGUUUAGAUAUUGUUAAUAAUAUAUCAAUCUAAAAUACUGUCUAUUGUCUAUACAGAACUAAGAAAUUAUAUUUAUUACUACCAAAGUAAUCCGAAAUAAUUACUAUUAUCUUAUUACUAACCAUAAUGAAUUCAUGAUUAAACUCUUAAAACAAAACUAUGAGGAACUAACUCAUUUUUACUUAACCAAUCAUCAUUAAAGUAAUCUGAAAAGUAUAAUCAAUUAAAUAAGCCUUAUAAAACUUAUCUAAGAUCUUAAAUUAUGACCUGAAGUAUUUCUAUUUAUAAUUUUUAUAAAUCAUACAAAUGUUUCGAAAACCAUCAUAUACAAAAUGAAAAAUAAUUUUAACCUUAUAUUAUUUUUUUACAAGUUUUGAUUUAAUAAAUGCCAGGAUGAACAGAAACAUCAUGCCUCUAAACUUUCCUUAUUCAUUAUGGUUAUCAAUUUGAUUUUGGUUUCAGCAUUUUCAUUUUAAGCUCAUUUUAUUUAUUUCUUAAAGCUCCUAGUACAACAUUACUACAACAUUCUAUUCAUAUUAAAAUAUCUAUCUGGAAUACAAUUUUUAACACAUCCAACUCACUGUAAGAAGUAAAGGAACAGCAAUUAUAAAAUACAAGACUAUACUUUGGUAAGUAUAAAUUAUUGGACACGAAUGCUUUAGCUUAUGUCCUUAUGUAGGUGCAUACAUGCACAUGGAUGUGGGUGUGUGUGUUUGUGUGUGUGUGUGUGUGUGUGUGUGUGUGUGUGUGUGUGUGUGUGCGCGCGUGCGCGCGUGUGUGUGUAUGCGUGUGUGUAUGUGUGGGUGUGUGUGUUUAUGUUUAUUUGUUAAGCAUUUAAACUUUACGUAGGUCUUCCUGACCAGAUCAUGAAAAUAAAGGUCGAUUAUUGGAAGUUUCAAAAAUAGAAAAAAUUAUUACAAAAUUCUGUUUUGUUAAUUUCAAUCAUAGUUGCAGUUAUAAAAAAUUUAAAACUCCGAUUUAACCUUACAAAUAAGGUUGUGAACUGAACAUUAUAAAUUCAAUUUCAGGGAUCAAAUGUGAAAUAUUUUACAGUUUAAUUAUUUUAUAUAUUUUCUGUUAUUUUAUUUCUAAUAAUUACUGUUGAAAAAUCGUGACUUACAAAAAAAAAAAAUAAAAUACUAUCUAAGUUAAUAUAUCUGAACUAUUAAAGAUAACAUGUACUUUAUUUGCAUGGUUACAUUCAGACAGAUUAGACAAUUUUCCAUCAUUUGAAAUCCUGAUUAGCAUCCAAAAUUUUUCAAUUAUAUAUCCAUAUAUAUUAAUAUAGAAUAAUUCCAGGGAACAGUGGACCACAUUUUUCCUCUUAAUUUAAGCAUAUAUUGAAAAGCUAAAGCCUUCAAUUGUUAGAAAAAUUACUGAAUUAUUAGAAAACUUUAUUGAACCAUCUAAAUCCUUACCAAACAGAAAAAACCAACUCAUUUAUUCUUUAUGAUUCACAAGUCAUAGGAACAACAUCCACAGAAUAAAUAUUCAAUAUGAAUCAAUGUAAAACAAAGAAAAUAUAAUUUUACAAAAUUAAAACUAAUAAAUAAGUUAAAAAGAUGUAUAAAGUAGCUGACAUUAGAGGCUCAAAAAUAAACUUAUAGGUAAGCAGUAAAUUGAUUAUUUUAUUUUUAAUUUUUUCAAAUCCAUGUGGAAAUUGUCUGGUUAAUCUAAAAUAGAAAACUCUUAUUAUUCUUUAAAAUUGUUCAAAAUGAAGCUUUUCGUUGAAGAUUAACUUUAUUAAAUGAAAUAAAUAUAGUUUACAUGCUUCUCCAGUUUAAGAAAAACAUAAUAGAUAGUUUAAGGUACAGCUCUUUAAUUACUUAACUGAAUAUUAAUAAAUUUACCAUAAAUGUAGUUUUCAUGCUAAAUACAUGUUGUUUAAAAUUAUUAUAUAUAACUAACUAUCUUCACAUCCUCAUAGAAAAUUAAUCAAAAAUCUUAAAAGAAAGACAUUUUUUUCUAUAUGUUUAUACGUUGAACUUCUAUUUUGUAUUGUAUGAUUUAAUUUUCCAAAAAUGAAUCUAAAUAAUUGGUAUUUAAUAUGGAAUUCAAUAAUAUUAUUAUAAUGAACCUAAGACUGGAUAUUUUUCAUUUAAUGUCUAGAAAUAUAAAAUAAAAUAUGUUAUAUUUUUCUGGUGAGACUCAUUUAUGCUAAAUUUUGUUGGAUUGUAACAUAAAUUCAUACUUUAUCUAUUAAUUUAUUGAUUAUGAUUUAGAAACUACUUUUUAUGUAGGAUUCAUCAAGAUAUUUUUAUAAUUCAGUCCGAUCCGCAUAUUUAAUCAUUAUUUAAUAAUAAAAUAAAAAGUAGUAAAAGAAGUCCUAUUUCAACAUUUUACGUUGUUUUUUUUUACCUUUAAAUCAAAAAAAAAAGUUUUUAUAAAUGGCUAGACAUUAAGGAGAGUAAUAUAAUAUUCUCAAGUAUUUGAUGUGUUUGUAAUUGUAUGUGUUCAAAAGGAUAAAUAUCCUUUUGAAAAUAGAAUAAACUUAUUUUACAGCUCAAUAGUUUGAUUCAUUUAAGGAAGUGAAAUUGUAUUAUACAUAAAUUAUUAAUAAAUUUUUGGUAUCAUAGUUUGUAAAAUAAUUAUUUUUUGUGAUAUGGAGAUCAUAAGAAAGAAUGAAAAAUACAAUUAAAAAUGGACUCACCUUGGGCAUCAAGGCUAAUUCAUGUUAAAACAGACGAAAAGUAUGGCACAGCUGACAUUGUUACCAUAUUGUGUAAACAUAUAUGGAGUGGCUAAUAAUUACAAAAUUUUAUGUACCCUAGGGCUGGGCCAAUAGGUGAUAGUACGAUUGAUAUAUCGAUACUUUAAAAUGAUAGAUUGUCCUAGUGACUAACAAUAGUUCGUAUUCUCCCCUUAGGCACAAAUUAUUUUAAAAUUGUAUAUACUUAAAGGAAUAAUUUUAAGAACAAGGCUUCAUACUUCUACCCUUUUAUUGAUGUCGAGAUAUAGCAAUAAUAUAACAAAGUAAAAGUGAAAUGUUUAAUAACAGAAAAUGGUUAUUGUACAAUGGAAACACCACAUUAAGAUAAUAAAUGGAUAGAAGGAUGAAGGCGUAUUUAAAACUAUUAUUAUCAAUAAAUAAAACUGAAACAAAAUUGAACAGGAAGAAGCAUUCAAGAUAAAAAAUAAUUCAAUCUCAAAUUAAUUUCUUAGAAAUAUUAUUACACCUCCAGUUGUGCUGAAGAAAAAAAAAAAUUAUAUUUCCCACACUUUAUUUAUUUAUUUAUUUUAAAUAAAUAAAUUUAUAAAAUCUACAAGGAUGCCAUUACAGUAUUCUUAUAUUUUAAACUAGGUGAUAUUAUCAAAUUAAAUUAAUAAAAUUAGGAUCUCGGAAAUUAAAAGACAUACAAUUCUCGCCUACUUCUUUUACCAAAUAGUAUGUCCAUCUUUGUUCUACUUCUUAUACCAAACAAUAUUACCUGUAUGUCAUUGAUGUUUCUAGUUUGAAUUCAACAAUCAGGGAAAUAAAUGUAAUUUUUCUAUAUAAAUGUAUUUUUCUGUCAAUAAUUUUUUAAAUUAUUUAUUUAAUAAUUUUUAUUAGUUUCUUAACAUAAAUCCUUACGAAGGUAUCCAAUAAAAAUAUUAAUUAUUUUAAAGCUUAAACAGCAUUUUAAAGUAAAUAACUAAAUAAUACAGUGAAAAAAAUCUUCUUUAAGUCUGUGUUGGUAAGUUACUGAACUUUCGAUAGUUUUCUAUCGAUAGUGGAAAACUACUGACUAUCGCCCAUCCCUAAUGUGCCCCUUUAGACACGAUACCUCUAUAAAUAAGCUAAUAUAAUAUAUAAGCCUUUACUUACAACAGAUAUGGAUGGAUUAAUAAGAAAAUUUACAAAACUAUUUCAUAAUACAAAGUUUAUAUCAACAUUAACAAAUAUAUAUAUGCAUAUGCUUUAUUAUCUUAGUAAUUUAUUUUAUUUUAUUUUUUAAAGCUAUGUAUUAAUUUAUAUAGAAAUGAAAGUUAGCCUGUGUCUGAUAUUAUUCUACUUAAUACAACAAAUAAUGAUUAUGAUUGAUUCCCUUUUUGCAGGGUAUACAUUUUUAUAUAACAACCUAAUGUAUUUUAGCAUUUAAAUAAAGAAAUAAAAUUUACUAAUUAAUAAAGAUUUAUUUUGUGAGCAAAAUUAUGCUAUAUUAAAUUUGAUAAAUUACUUAUAAUUUUGUGUAUUUGUAAAUAACUAUUGUAAUGAUUAAUAUGUACUUAGUUAUUCUGAUAUCUAUAAAGUGCCUAAAUAUUAUUAGCAGUUUUAUGUUUAUAUUGAUGUGUAAUCAAUGUUAGCAUAGGUUUGCAUUACCUACAUUUGUAAAUACAUAGAUUCAUCAGAAAUUGGAAUAACUAUUGAAAAUUAGUUAUGUUAAAUGUAAGGUAUGAGUCAGUUUGUAUUAUAUUUGAAGACUUUUUCCAAUAACUGCAUUUAUAAAGCAAUUAUACUGCUUGGAGUAAAAUAUUUUUGUUGCUAGUUCCAAGCAGGAUUAUUUGUCAUAACUUUUCAUAAUAUUAAGAUAAUAAUUUCAAUAAAAUGGUAAUCUACUGUUAAUGAUCUUAUUUUAUAGCUGCUUAUAAAGAAAUAUAUUCAUUCAGGGUUUGUCAAAAGAAUUGAAUACAAAAAAUAUAUUUUAAAGCAAUGCAUACCUAUUUUAAAUAAAAUAUUUUAAUAUCAAUUUUUCAUGAGAAUUUCUAUUGUUUUCUAAAGCAAUCUGGUGCUUACCUAUUAAAGUCCUGAGAUUCAAAUUAUAUGUUAUCUAUUUCUGUACUUAACUUUUGUUUAUUAUUUACAUAGAUAUAUCUAUCAUAUAAAUUUGAAAAUAUAUUUUAAACACUCAAGAAUCAAUGAUUUAUGACCUUGACAUGCAUUUAUAAUACCAGGGUUCAUUAUCUACUAAGUACUAUUUUAAUCAAAGAAAAUGACUUUUAACCUUCAAAUCAUAAGAUUGGUUCCUUUAGCAUUUAAAAGAUUAGUCAUAAAUCUGAGAUUUUCUAAGAUAUUUUAUGAUAAUGUUUUUUUUCAUUCCGAUAUAAUUUUAUUUUUUGACUGAAUAGUUUUAGUUAUUUUUUUUCUAAACAUUUAUUAUAAAAUAAAUGUUUUAUAAAUUUCAUAAAAAUACUUUAUGGUUAAUUUAUGCUUUUUUGAGGUCCCAGCUAUUAAAAAUAGAGUUAUCAUAAUUUUUAUUGAUUAUUUAUGAAUUUUAUUUUAUUCAUUUUUAUUUUUCCAUUA